AUGGAUAAGUCAGUAGAUCCUGAGGUCACCUUCACUUCACCUUCAGAGGUUGAGCCUUACCCAGCCUUACCUUCUGCAGCUGAGCCAGAGGCCAUGGAUGAGACUGCAGCUUCCCCUAAGGAGAUAGAGCCUAUCCCUACAGAAUGGGAAUCUCCAGCUGAACCCCUGGAGGCCCUUCCGAUCACCCUUCCGUCUCCACCACGGCUGAAAGUGUCCGCUCAACAUCCGGAAAUGACUGUGGGUUCCAAAAGCCAACCCCAAGUAUAUUACCUGACUCCAUCUCCUACUACAGAGGGUGUCAUUUCUUCGGAGCCCCUAACCCAACCUCGAGAGCCACUUCAAGAAUCUGUAGAUGAGGAGGCAACGGUCCCCAAACCAGCUCAGGAACAGGCUCCGUAUCUAAUAUUACCCAGGGUCACCUUUCAGCCUUUGAAGCUGCAGCUGACUAUAACUCCAGGACCCAGUGUGGAGGCUGAACAUUCUACAGCCCUGAAGACCACAACAACUCUGGACUCUGAGAUUUCACAUCCAGACCAGGUCCAGACUCACCAUGCAGCCCUGCCCAAGGUCACAGUUGCACAUUGGGACCUGGGAAAUACCCCAACUCCAGAACUCAAUAUAGAGGUUGACCAGGCUCCAACCACUCAGGAGACCCCUGUGCAGCUUACAGAGCCAUCUACAGAGGUGGGAGCUCAACCUCCAGUGUUGCAAGAGGUGGCCGUUCCAACGCCAGCUCCACCUCAACCUCCAGUGACACCCAGUGUCACAGAUCAGACCUUGAACCUACCACCUACACCUACCAAUGGUCCAGAACCCACUGCAGAGGCUGAGCAUGCAACCGCCCUGAAAGAACCUACAGGAACGAGUCCAGAUGCAAUUCUGACUCAGCAUCUAAACCCGAGUCCUGCUGUGGAGGUCGAACAUUCUACAGCCCCGAGGAAUGCCAAAACACCACCUCCAGGUGUCCCUGAGGUGACACUUCCACAGGCAGAGCUGGUUCAGGCGCAGCAUCCAAACCUGACUGAAGUCACAGUUCAGGCGUUUGAUAUUCAGCUGGCUUUUCAAUCCAGAAUUGCGGAAGUUGAAUCAUCUCCAGCCCUGCAGAAGACCUCAGCUCAGCCUCCAGAGCCUCCAUUGGAGGUUGUAGCUCCAAUUCAGCAUAUAGUGCCAGUCAGUGUCACAGUUGAAGCUGUGAAGACAGAAAUUUUCAAAAUCCCAGAACCCACCACGUUGGCUGAACAGUCUACAGCCCUGGAGACUACAUCAGCAGCACCUCCAAGGCAUUCUGAGGUGCCACCUACAUAUACAGACCGGAGCCAGACUCAACAAGUCACAGGCAAUCCUCUCAAUUUAUCUACAGAGGUCAAGCCUACAACUAUUUCGGUUACUCUAACUCGGCCACCAGAGCCAACUAGUGAUAUAGUAACUGUAGCAACAUCAACCCGAGUCACGGGUCAACCUUCAGAUUCCCGAGUCAUGGUUACGGGUCAGCCUUCAGAUUCCCGAGUCACGGGUCAGCCUUCAGAUUCCCGAGUCACCGGUCUGCCUUCAGAGUUGGAGCCUAUCAAAGCUCCAGUCCCUGCUCCAGAGGUUGGCCCUUCUAAAAUCCUGAAGACUACAGCUCCACCUCCAGGGCAGUUUCCAACUUUGUAUCCUGAAGUCAAGGCUGCUGAGUAUGCUACCCGGCUAACUACUUUCAUUGAGUCAAAAGAAAGCACCCCCAACAGCACGGACAUCUGCGAGCUCUGUACCUGCAAAAAUGGAAUGCUGUCAUGUACCAAUCUCAGCCCGUGGCAGAAGCUCCACCAAGUGCCUGUGCCAGGAUCCUUCAGUGCCCACAAUGACACCUUCACCAUCUUAAAUUUCCAAGGAAACGCUAUAUCCUACAUUGACAAAAAUGUAUGGAAAGCAUAUUGCUGGGCUGAGACUUUGAUUCUCAGUGAAAAUUAUUUGACUGAAUUACAUAAGGAUUCAUUUGAAGGCCUGCUAUCCCUGCAGCACUUAAAUCUUGGUUGCAAUUUACUCGCAGAAGUGAGUUUUGGCACAUUUCAGGUACGGCAUGGAAUGCAUUUUUUGCAUGUGAUAAAUCUUGAUCAGAAUCCAUUGACAACUGUCGAAGAUCCCUAUCUUUUUAAUUUGCCAGCAUUAAAAUAUCUAGACCUCGGAAGAACACUGGUGUCAAUCAGCACAGUUGAGAACAUCCUCAUGAAGUCUCUCGAACUGGAAAAACUGAUCUUACCGAACUCCAUGGCCUGCUGCCUCUGCCAAUUUAAAAAGGAUAUUGAGGCUGUCUGCAAGACAGUCAAGCUGCACUGUCGCAGUGAGUGUCUGAGAAACACUUGUGUACCAGAACCAACGACGGGGAAUCCCAAAGCGGAAUUCCUGAAGAUACUGCAGGCCCGGAAGAGGAACACUAGCACGAAAUUAAUUAUUGAAUCAGAGAAUUCAGAGAAACAUAAGUUUGGCAUUCUAGACUCUACAAGUGAGCGACUAGACUUAAAUGAAAAAGAUGUUAUCAGUUCACUAAAUUACGUAUUGCCUUAUUUCUCAGGCAGCAGUGUAGAAGACAUAGAGUCGGUGUUACUACCCUACAUUAAAUUGUUCUUUUCCAGUCCACAAGAAGAUAGAUCUGUGGAUCACUUGAAAACCAGUCCAAAAGACUUCUCUUUAAAAUCUAAUGAACGUAAAAUGAGAAAGAUCCACUUUCUGAAAAAUUUGAUAAACUACAAUAUUGAACAAAAAAUUCAUGAGAUUAAAAAAACACAAAAAGCUGCCAUGCUGAUGCAGCAGGAGACAAUCAGGAGGAGAGAGAACGCGCGCCCCCUUGUGGAGGGCACCGUGCAAGGCCGGCUGAGAGCAACGUCUAAGACCAAAGUGGGAGCAGAACCAGAGUCCAGAGGGAAUUACCACCUGAAUAAUAUUGAUCUCUCUCCAGUGUUCAAAACCAAACGGAGACUGAAGAUGAAAAGGAAAAAUCCCAUCAACACAUGGAGCUCUGUAAAGAGGCCUGCGUUCCUCGCCCUACAAAGUCUCAUUGAUUCCCCUCCCCAAGAGCCUUCUCCCUCUUCUGGAGACUCGAGUUGUCAGGAUUUUCCUUCUCGGAAAGUGAUAGCUCUUCCAGUACCACAUGCAGAAGACAUUCUUGAAGCCAGCCUUGCUGCAGCAAAUAACUUAGGAAACACUGUGCCAGAAGAAUCUCCCCCUGCCAGCACAGCCCAGGGGCAUCCAUUGGCCACUGGUUCCCCUGAGAUUGCCCCCACUGAGAAAAUGCAAUGGGGGAACCCUAACAUGGGCAGGGACAUCCCCUCCAUGCCUACAGGCAUUACUUACCCCUUGCAGUCAUCCCCAGGGGACCAACUGAACCAGCAGCUUCGGUCCCUCAUCCCCAAUAAUGACGUGAGAAAGUUCAUUUUAAUAGUUAUCAGGACUCUGCAGAUGGACUGUGCGGACCCCCAGGUGCAGCUGUCCUGUGCCAAGCUCAUCUCCAGAACCGGCUUCCUCAUGAAGCUCCUCAGUGAGCAGCAGCAACAAGUGAAGGCGGCCAAGGCAGAAUGGGACACAGACGGCUGGAAAGAAGAGGACUACAUCAGCGAGAGCCCAGGAGGCCAGACUGAUGCAGGAAUGAUCGAGCCAAGUGAGCUCAAAGAAGUCCCAAGAUACAGCCUUAACAAAAUACUCAUCAUGGCAAUAUCUGUCACUGUAGCUGUGAUGAUCUUAAUAACGGGAGCCUGUCUCGUUGGGAUUUACUCUCACAGGGCAAGAGCCGACGCCGAGGAGGAGGACAUAGGAAAAGGUCUAAGCGACCUUUACGAAGAUUCCCUCAAGCAAAGACGCGAGAAGAAGCAGGUGGGCUUCUUGGUGAGGUGGCUGCGCUGGCUGAAGGGGUGAGCGCAAACCCCGCCGGGCAAUGAGCCAGAAGGAACUGGCUCAAAGGUUGUAUGAUGAAACCUCUGACGAGGAAGCAAUCUUCGUGAGAGGGGCAAGCAUGAGCGAAGGCCCGGGCGAGAUGGCGGCCGCUGAGUCGACUGCCGAAGGAGAAAGCGAAGCCCCUGAGGAGGUGCUCACCGAGUAAGCCCUUUUGCUGGGGCUGCCUCCAUUUAUAAAAGCACUUCCCUU